GUAAGUCAUAGUGAAAUGAAACCUUUUACAGGUACUUUUAAAGAAAAUCGUAGCAGCUUUCCAACAUAUACACCAAGAUUGGCAACACAGGCGAACUCGGUUGUCUCAGAGGCUAAUAAUCGACGAUUUGACUAUUUACCCAAAUCAAUUCCUUCAAACUAUACAAAUGGAAAUCAACCGGUGGAACAACAUUUUAUUCCGUGUACACAGGAAAGUGUCCUGCUAAGACCACCAAAUUCGUCAACAUGCUUAACACAACUCUUACAUAAUAAUAAUAACAAUAAUAAUAGUGGUAAUAAUGUGCUGAUAAAUCCAUCCUAUUCCCAAUUCAAUCAGAAAACAAAUUCACGACCGAAUUCUAUCGAUUCAAUGCAUUCUCAGAACAGCUCAGAUAUUCAUUCCAAUAGUAAUAAUAAUUCUAAUACACUUCCGAAUUUAUCUAAUCCUUCUAAUGUCAAUCAUCUUAAAGUACACUUAAAAUCUGCAAAUCAAUUAAAAGCAUCAAAUCCUCCUCCAUAUCGUGAAUUGACUCAUCUUUCAUCCUCUGACUGGUGGAUUCAACCAACCAACUUGUUGGCAACAUCAACUCAAUCAUUGUCAAAUUCCAGUAUUACCUUUUUACCAUCAAAUUUAACACUGCCAGUGAAUUCAUUACAAAAUCAAAAUCCUCUAAUUGAUGAUUAUAUGCAGUUGGAUAGAAUAACCUUAGAGAAUAUGAAUCAAAAAACCAAUAAUAAUAAUACUGAUGGCAACACUGUUGAAUAUGGUUCUACAAUAAUGACGACGGCAACAGCGACAACAACGAGAGCAGCGACAGCAACAGCAACAACAACAGAUGUCUCGCAAUUAGGCUCAGUCGACGAUUACUAUCAACAAUCAAUAAUGAAAAAUGAUUUAAUCACUGACAAUAAUUCUGAUUUCAUUUGCAAUGAUAUUGAUAAUAAUAAUAAUAGUAAUAGUAAUAACAAUAAAAAUUACUACUAUGAUAAUAUAGACUACAUUAGUUGCAUUGGUGACUUUCGAAAUCUACCAACAUACACACCGAAGACAAAUCGAUGUCAGGGAAACAAUCCUAUGGGGAUGAUGAUGAUGAAUCAGAAUACAAGUAAUACUAUUCCGGCUACAGCAUCGACUACUACUGUUAAUGGUAAUAACAAUAAUAAUAGAUUUGCUUCAUGUUUUAACUCUCAGCUGUCGAGUGAAACAGCUUUUUAUUGUCCUGAAAGAGUAUCAGCUGUUGCGGCUGCAGCUGCGGCGGCCGCUGCUAUGGUUGCCAUGACACCAGGGAUCAGUAAUUCACCAAGACACUGUUCUCAUCAUCAUUAUCAUCACCAUCAUUGUUAUGCGCAUACACAUUGUCAUGUUAAUCAAAACUGUCGAGGAGAUAUACCGCCGCCACCACCACCACCACCACAGUCACAAAGACAUGAAGAAGACAAUCUAGGUGGUAUUGGUGAUGCUGAUGAUGAUGGCGAAGGAAUGGAAGAGGAUUAUGAUGAUGAUGAAGAUGAUGACGAUGAUGAUGAACUAGGCGAUGAAGAUCCUAAAAGAUACUAUCAUCAUUAUCAUCAUUUGAUUGGUCAACCAGUCUCACCUCAACACCACCAACAACAACAACAAAAUCAGAAAUCUUAUGAUAUAACAGAUAUUCCAGGAUCUUAUGCUAAUUUAGAACAGAAUAAAACUGUUAGAGGAUAUUUCCCUUUUGAUAGUAAUCACACUAGUCAAGAUGAAACUCGUCCACCUCUGGGGAAUAAAACAAGUAUGGUGGGCGGAGAUACACUGGCAUACAUUGAUGAUUACCGUGAUCAACCAAUCGAAUACUAUUCAAGAUUUAAUAGAUCUCCAAAAGAUUGGAAAACAACCAGAGAAACUGAUAAUAUUAGAUCAUCUCAACAAGAACCAGCCGCAUUGGUACAGUAUACAGGAAAUAACAGUAAAAAGUAUGACUUACGUCUUACUGGACCACUUCCAGCAGUUUCAUUAUCAACCAUUAAUGGAGUGUCAUCAGUGCCAUUUUCUCAGUUAACUGCAGAAAAUUUUCGUGAUUCUAAUUUAACGACAAUUUCAUUAUCUUCAUCGUCUGAUUGUAUGCCUGACAAUAUACAAACAAAUUUAACUAAUUCUUUAGCAUUCCUACCUACAAAUAUUAGUGCAUCAUUUAGUCUGGAUUAUUUAAAUCCAGUCUGGAGAAAUCAAUCCAUUCACAAAAUGAAUCAAUCCCUUUCCGAUAUGCCUACACAAAUGGAUAAUAAUGAUAAUGAUAAUAAUAAUAAUAAUAAUAAUAAUAAUGGGGAUGACAGUGAUAAUGCCAGUAAACAAAUACACUCUAGGCUUUUAAUAAAUCAAAUUCAAAAUUCAAAAUUUGAAUUUUCAAAACAAAUUACUACUCAAUCUGAUAAUGGUGUUAUUACUGUUGUCAACGAUGAUGAGGAUGACGAUGAUAAUGGUGAUGGGGAUGGUGACGGUGAUGAAAAUCGAUCAAUAUGGUCUUUAAAUGCAAUACAACAAGGCGAGUGUAAUACUACCGAAAUAAUACCGAUUAAUCAAUCAAAUUUUUUGACAAUGAAUAGUAUGAAUUUUGAAUCGGCGAGUGGAGUAAGAGAUUCAAGCUUAUUAAUGAGAGGAUGACAUAAAAUAAUUUAAUUUUUAUGAGAUUGACAUCCCAACAAUUACAAGCCAAUCUUGCCAACAGUCCUAGAAAGAGAAAAGAAGAGGAAGACUGCGAUUGAAAAAUCACAUUCCCUGUUUCAUAGAAUAAAUAAAUAAAGUCAAUCUAUCCUUAUCUGAUACAUUCCAAUUAUACUCUGUUUAUUAUAAUCUAUAUUAUGUAAAUUAAUCUAAAGUGAAGUUAUCUAUCCAUGGCGAC